GUAAAUUCCAAAACUUAGUUCACAUUAAUUUGAACGUCUGCUACAUUUUGGAUUUAAAUUAAAUUAAAUUAAAUUAAUAAGAAAUUUCCGUCUAUUUGGAUAGUUGUUAAGUUCAUUGAACUCAUUCUAAGCAAAAUGAUUAGACUAAAGAAAUAUACCAUGGAUUUUCAUGUACGUGUAAGAUCGGGCCAACCUUUCUUACUUCGACCAUAUGGUAAAGUAGCGCUCACAAAUGCAAUUUUCUUAUCUGGCAUUUGUGCCACGAUUAUGUGUGACGUAGAUAAUUUUCACUUUCCUUUGCUAAGUGUAGACAACAAGAAAACCGAAUAUCCGUUGAAGACGGUUAUUGGUAAGGCUGCAAAAAUUGUGUUUUAUGUGAAUGGCGAGGAUGCUGUAGUUAAACUGUAUGGAGUACUUUAUGCCGUUGGUUCUUAUGAUUACUCUACGACAAAUGUUCAAUAUCAUUUGGAUAAAUGUGAUUCCUAUAUGAAAUCCUUUACCGACAGCACCGAUGAUGACGAUGAUUAUGAUGACGACGACGAUGAUGACGAUGACGAUGAGGAUGUGUAAAAGAAAAAAUUUCAAUUUCAAAAUUUAUUCUCUUGUACUAAACACAAAAACUCAACAAUACGGAAGGCACGUCGAAUUGAGGCUUUAUUGAACACUUUGACACGUUUUGGAUUAUCAGCGAAAUCGACAUUGCCAACAACAACAACAACACCGCAAAAAGCCAGCCUAAAAGUUGAUUGAGUCUGCACGCAUUCAAUCAAAUGUGUCACAACUCAAUAUUUUUACUUUUCCUCUAUUUUGUGACAUGUUAAACGUGAUAGAAUGAUAUACAUACAUACAUAUAUACUAGCUAUAUUUUAGCACAUGUGUCUCAUAGAAAUUGAUAUACGCAAUCGACCAUCUUGUGAAUUAAAUCUAAAAGCUAUGUGUCACAAUCGAA